AUGGCAGCACCGGUUCCGAUGCUCCAAGUUUCCGGGUCAGGCUCGGGCGCUGGCUUGUCCAGGUUGAUACAGAUCGCUCCUUCACGUGCCUGGUCACCCCUUGGCCUGCUGCUCGUCCUCGUUUCAUCGUCUGAGGCAGUCAUCCGGCCCGCCAAGGCGGUAGAGCCGGUAGAGGGACGGAGCCACUGUGGAAACUUCGGUAAGAAUCCCAAGAAGAAGUCUUGCAGCAUCGCUGUCAUUGAUCCGAGCAACAAUAGCAAGGCAACUUCGUGCCGCGAGUCUUCAAUUUACAGCCAAUGCAAGGUAAUGGCUGCCAGCAGCUGCAGCUUCAUUGACUGCAGCUUGCUUGAUGUGGGCACAGUGACACGUCUACGUCCGCAGCAAAGCUAG